AAGAGGGAGCCGCGUGGGCAUGCGCACGAAGGAUACGUUGGCGUGAUAGUAACGUUGUGGAGUUGUUAAUCAGGAAGGAUCUGUUUGGAAUAUCUGUCCAGUUUUGACUGGACACUGGUGUGGGUGUGUCUGCGGGUUUGAGUUGAUCACCUUGCAAAGAUGGAUUUCCAGCAUCGAGCUGGAGGGAAGACAGGGAGCGGUGGGGUGGCAUCAGCCUCUGAGAGUAACCGUGACAGACGGGAGCGGUUACGUCAGCUGGCCCUCGAGACCAUUGACAUCAACAAAGAUCCCUAUUUUAUGAAGAAUCAUUUAGGAUCAUAUGAGUGCAAGCUUUGUCUGACACUUCACAAUAAUGAGGGAAGCUACUUAGCUCACACACAAGGAAAGAAACAUCAGACCAACUUAGCACGGAGAGCAGCCAAAGAGGCAAAAGAAGCUCCUGCUCAGCCAGCUCCAGCAAAAGUUAAAGUUGAAGUCAAGAAGUUUGUCAAAAUUGGUCGACCAGGAUACAAAGUAACCAAACAGAGAGACCCUGAGACGGGACAGCAGUCUUUACUUUUCCAGAUCGAUUACCCAGAGAUUGCUGAAGGAAUUGGACCAAGGCAUCGUUUCAUGUCUGCUUACGAACAGCGCAUUGAGCCCCCUGAUCGUCGCUGGCAGUACCUGCUGCUUGCUGCUGAGCCAUAUGAGACUAUUGCCUUCAAGGUCCCCAGUAGAGAAAUUGAUAAAGCAGAAAACCGCUUCUGGACCCACUGGAACAAAGAAACUAAACAGUUCUUCCUGCAGUUUCACUUCAAAAUGGAAAAAGCUAUUCCUCAGUCCAGCGGUCCAGCACCUCCUGCAGGUGUGAAGCGCCCCCCUCCUCUCAUGAGUGGAGUAGGACCUCGCCCACUGAAUGAUACUAUGCCCCCUCCCCCACCAGGAGGGAUGCCGGUCCCCCCUCUUCCACCUAGUGCCCCGGGUGCGCCCCAGAUGCCCAUGCCCCCCAUGCCAAUGAGGCCACCACCUCCUGAGGGCCUUCCAAUAUCUAAUAAUUGAUCAUCUACCAGUGGAUUAUGAUUGCUUUCUUUCAUGGUCAGCAGUCACACUGCCCUGCCUGUCUACAGUGUCCAUCUCACUUUAGAUACUGCAGGUACAUUCAGUUUUAUUAUUUCUUCAUAUGAUGUUUAAAGUCCAUGUUUAGGAAAUUUUUAAACAUUUGGUUUACGUAAAUGUGUAAGGCAGUCUGUUAUUUCAGCAGUACAAUAAUGACCACACUGUUUUGUAUAAAUGCUUUGAUUCAGAUUUCUUUUAAGAGUCUGUUUUUGUAAUUAAAUGCUGUGGAGAACA